UAAAACCAGAGAUGCAAUCUGGGACAAUGAAAACAAUGGUCGAGGAGAAUGUAGAGAAUGAUAAUAUUUUGAAGACCAGCAAGGAAAAGAAGCUUGGAGGCAUCAAAACCUUGCCAUUCAUUCUUGCAAAUGAGAUGUGCGAUAGAUUUGCUAGUAGUGGGUUCCAUUCCAACAUGAUAACAUAUCUGACCGAUGAGCUCAACUUGCCACUAGUGAAAGCCUCAAACACCCUUGCCAACUUCUCAGGAACAGCCAGCCUCACGCCACUCCUCGGUGCCUUGGUUGCCGACUCUUUCGCCGGCCGAUUUUGGACGAUCACCGUAGCCUCCAUUAUCUAUGAACUGGGAUUGAUCAUCAUCACAAUAUCAGCAAUUUUCCCGUCAUUCCGGCCUCCACCAUGCCCAUCACAAGUAAACUGCAAGGAAGCAUCAGGUUCACAGCUAUGGAUACUCUACUUCUCUCUUCUCCUCACCUCUCUCGGCACUGGUGGCAUCCGGCCUUGCGUCGUAACCUUUGCCGCGGACCAACUGAAUUACAAAACCACCGGCAAUACUAAAUCAGUGAUCAACAUUCAGAAGUGGAACUUCUUCAAUUGGUACUAUUUUUGUAUGACAUUGGCAUCACUGGCUGCCUUAACCAUCGUGGUUUACGUUCAAGAUCAUGUGGGAUGGGGAUGGGGUCUUGGCAUACCCACUGUGGCCAUGGCUGUAUCAGUUGUGGCUUUUGUGAUUGGUUCUCCACUUUACAUGAAGCUCAAACCGGGUGGUAGUCCAUUGGUUAGAUUGUCUCAAGUAAUUGUUGCUGCUUUUCACAAGAGAAAUGCACAGUUGCCCCAUGACCCUAAGGUCUUGUAUGAAAAUCCAAAGCUCGAUGAUGACAUAUCCGUGCAUGGAAAGCUUUUAAAUACCAAUCAACUCAGGUGGUUUGAUAGAGCAGCAAUUGUGCUAGCUACGGACAACGUUGAGCCAAAAGAAGAAAACGAAGAAGAUGGUUCAGCACACCUUAACCUGUGGAGGCUUUCAACUGUCCAUCGUGUUGAAGAGCUCAAAUCCAUGGUCAGGCUGCUUCCCAUUGGGGCUGCAGCAAUCCUACUCGUAGCCUCAGCUUCUCACACACAGAGCUUCACCAUCCAACAGGCCCGAACCAUGGACCGGCAUAUUUCCCACUCCUUUGAAAUUGAACCUGCCAGUUUGCAAAUCUUCGCCCUCCUAACCACACUGCUCACCCUUCCCCUCUAUGAACGCCUAUUCGUCCCCGUUACCCGCCGCUUCACCGGAAACCCCUCCGGCAUCACGUGCCUUCAGAGAAUGGGAGUCGGCUUUGCCAUCAACAUUCUGGCCACCUUUGUUGCAUCGUUCGUGGAGAUCAAAAGGAAAUCAGUUGCCACCCGUCAUAACUUGCUGGAUGCACCUAGAGCGGUCAUCCCUAUAUCUGUUUUCUGGUUGGUUCCUCAGGGUAGCCUUCACGGACUUGGUGAAGUUUUCAUGCACGUCGGACACUUGGAGUUCCUUUACGAUCAGUCUCCGGAAAGCAUGAGGAGCACUGCGGCUGCGCUGUACUGGGUAGCAAUAGCAAUUGGGAGCUAUGUUGGUACAGUGAUCGUAACCCUAGUUCAUAAGUUCUCUGCCACCUCGACGGGAAAUUGGCUUCCAGAUAGGAACCUCAAUCGGGGAAGACUAGAAUACUACUACUGGCUUUCUAGUGGAAUUCAAGUUGUGAAUCUCAUAUAUUUUGUAGUCUGUGCUAGUUAUUACACUUCCAAGUCAUUAGAAGAGGUCAGUGAUCCACGUGAGGAAGAAGUCGAUCUAGCGAAAGAGAAACCGCCAUCAAGUCAAAUGCCGGAUGCGUAAAUCGUUUUUGUUUUAACUAAGCUAGCAUAGUUCUUGUCUUCUUGCUUAAUCAUGGUACACUCCAUAUUUCGAACACUGGAAAUCCUAGACGAUAGAAUUGUUAGAUGAUGCAAGAUAGCUAGAGGGAGAACAGUAGUUAUCCUACAUUCCCAGUCAAUGUCUAAUCCCAGGCACAUCUCCUAUCCGGUCAUUGUUAAUUACCAGCAAGAAACCAUUUUAAUAAGCAAUUGUGCACUCUAAUUGUCUCUCUUUAAUGAAUUAAUUAGUCAUUGCAAUGGA